AUGGUGCUGCUGCUGGGGGGAGGGGGAGGGCUGCAGGCAGGAGAAGGAAGGGCAGCAGCAGGGUUUGUCGGGGUGGAAUGCUUGAAUAGUCAAGUUGCGGAAUUGAAGGGAAAUGCCGCGGCAGCAAAAGGAAACGAAGUGCUGCAGCAGCAGCAGCAAAUAGCGGCGUGCAGGCAGCGCGCAGCAAGCGCCUCCCAAGUGGAAAGCGCGGCUUUCCGCGCCCAAGACGCCUCUCGCGGCGAAAAAAAGACCAAUUUGCGUCUUAAAGAUUAA